CAAAAAACUCAAAAUACGUGACGUUUAAAAUCUUUGAUUAUUCCAUUUCCGCUCAUCCCCAAGGUACUUUGACCAACAAGCAUAGCAUAUAUGGCUAUGCCUUUCAGAAUUUCAAACCUUUUCCGUUUUCAUCCCCAAGGCUGAAUAAUCCAAGAUUGUAGAAUUCACGUUUUUGUUGCUGAGGAGAGAGAGGUAAAGACAUUGGCUAUGGCUACUAGGUUUCCAGGAGUUGACAAUGAAUUGCAAAAGAUUUUGGAUGCUAAUAUGGAUCAUGUUUCUGCUAGAAGACAAGCUCGUGAAGCCUUUAAGGAUGUUCAGCUUGGAAUUGAUCACAUACUCUUUAAGACUCAAUGCGAUGGACUUAAAAUGAAGGAGUCAUACGAGGUGAACUCAAAGGGCAUAGAAAUCUUCUACAAGAGCUGGUUUCCUGAAACUGCCAGGCCGAAAGCAGCUGUGUUUUACUGUCAUGGUUAUGGAGAUACUUCCACCUUUUUCUUUGAAGGAAUAGCUAGAAAAUUGGCAUGUGAUGGAUAUGGAGUUUUUGCUAUGGAUUAUCCAGGAUUUGGUCUUUCAGAAGGUCUUCAUUGCUAUAUUCCUAGUUUCGAUUCUUUAGUUGAUGAUGUCAUCGAGAUUUACUCCAAGAUCAAAGCAGAAAAUCCAGAAUUGCAAUCUCUUCCAAGCUUCCUCUUUGGACAAUCCAUGGGAGGAGCUGUUGCUUUAAAGAUGCACCUUAAACAACCUAAGGCAUGGGAUGGUGCCAUUUUUGUUGCACCGAUGUGUAAAAUUGCAGAUGACAUGGCUCCUCCAUGGUUGCUAGCUCAGAUACUCAUUGGUAUAGCUAAUGUUCUACCAAAGCAAAAGUUAGUUCCGCAGAAGAAUUUAGCAGAGGCAGCUUUUAGAGAUUUGAAGAAGAGAGAAAUGACUGCCUAUAAUGUUGUUGCUUACAAAGAUAAACCGCGGUUGUGGACAGCCGUCGAGAUGCUUAAAACUACUCAAGAAAUAGAAAAGAGAUUGGAAGAAGUAUCUUUGCCAUUGCUAAUCCUUCAUGGGGAGGCUGAUAUUGUGACUGAUCCCUCAGUGAGCAAAACAUUUUAUGAGAAAGCUAGCAGCUCAGACAAGAAGCUUAAACUUUACAAGGAUGCUUACCAUUCUCUUCUUGAGGGUGAACCUGAUGAAAUGAUAAUACAAGUUUUUAGUGAUAUCAUUUUAUGGCUUGAUGAGCACAGUUCGAAACAUUCAUCUUCUAAAUAAUUUAUUUUCUGUGUAUCGUAUCCUAUGAAUAUUGAGAUUGUUCUUGGCAUGGAGAAAAGAAAAGUUUCUAUUGUUUGUAUAUAAGUUUUUUUUUUAAUAAAAUAAAAUUGAGGAAUGGAGCAUUAUUAUUUAA